AUGGCUUCCCCGCAAGACAUUCUCACCGGAUUCCUCGCCAGAAGCGUACCCGGCGCACACAUUGCUCAUUUGCAAGGCCCCCAUGGCUGCGGGAAAAGCACCCAAUGGCUCUGUCGCAUUUGGGACCAGAUGGCAGGCGAGCCUAGUGCCCGGCUUGUCUAUAUCCAGCAGACUGCGACACAAGUUGAGCUGUUAAAAGCAUACUUGAGCACCCAGUCAAUCAAGGAUGGCUUGGACAGUGGCAGGGUGAUGCUGUUUUCCACCACAGAGAUGGUCGAGCUCUCGCAAAACGCGACACUCGGCACUCGACUUGGCCCGCGUGCCACUGUCUGUAUCGAUAUAGAGGUCACCCCCUCUGCUCGCGGCGAGUAUCUUGUCGCUCUUUUCUACCAAUUGGCAGCGGCUGCCGGCGAGUCUCUGGCCGUCGUUACCAUGGGUGCUGCCGGCCAUCGUUACCCCCGCUGCGCCCGGCCUGUCAUCAUCCAAGUCGACCCUCCCCACGAGCUUUUGCCCAUGACACCGCUGACAUCAAGUGUCCAUGCGUCCAGUGUCAUCUGGGAGACAUUGUACGAGGGGGGCAGAGCUCAGGACAGAAACGUCCUUGUGUUCACCGAUGUUUACAUGGCUACGAACUUGAGAAACAGUUCCAGCUGGGAAAACUACGAAACGCGCUCAAAGGGCCUGCCAAAAUGUCACUUCGUUACUCUGUCACGGCGACAGCUUGACAGAAACCCCACCCUUGUCGCCUCCCUGGCAACCCUCCAGGGGCCUGCGCUCAUUCAAAUUGAGCAUGACGUUGAAGUACGGUUUCCGAUCCGUAAUGUCGCCAUGGCCGUCUACCAGAGAACCAAGGAGAUGACUGUCCUUGACAACAGAUCAGGAUUGCUGGUGACGAAACGCGCCGUCCUGGUCAGCAAGCAGGAGCUUUUAGCAAAGCAAGGUCUGGCUACCUACUCCGGUGGCCCAGCCCAAGUUGCUCAUUACAGUGCACCUGACGGCCUGAUCCGUGUGGAUUCGAUUCCGGAUCAGCCACGGCCGCACGCUCAUAGCAGCGAGUUGCUGGGGUUUUGCCUGCUGGCUCUGAGCCUUCCCGCAUACGACCCUCUGGCCUACAACGUUCAUCCAUUGCUGUGGUACGAGGCACUUCGUGUUGUUAAGCUGAUGGGGCUCGUCGACCAAACGACCUCUACGCUCACUCCAGUCGGCCGGUUGACUUUGGAAUUUGCCCAGCGAAUGAGCAUGUCCAAUCUGUACCCUGCCGCGUUCAUGGCACACAUGUACUACAUUCCCGCGUCACCGGCUACCAAGCGGGUGGCUUGCAUGAUGGCAGCUAUUCUGCAUGCUGGCCAGGAUUCGAUUUGGCACCCCCCCGCCUCCGAAGAAUCGUUCAGUGCCCAUCAGUUUGUCAGAGCCAUGGUCGCUCAGAGCAGCCCUUCCUUUACUCUUGACAGGCUGUGGAGCGGGAGCCUGUGGGUAGCCGUCGCGCUUCUGGAAGAAGUUAUUCACACGUCAAAGGUGUUUACAACACCCAGGGACAGCGAGCAUGACCGCUGGCCACUCAAUAAUGGCUGCAGCUUCAAUCACGCUGCUAUGGUCUAUCGGCUGUCAACGUGGCUGGCACGAAGUACUAAUAGCCCUGCUCCGCUCGACGAGGUAGAUGCACAUGAUCAGCCUGAAGUUUUGCCGAUUCAGAGGGCAAUGCUGUCGGCAUAUGCACAAAAUAUUGUGUUCAUCCCCCCUGUCAAUCCCUUGACUGGACAAGUACAUAUUCCUAUCUCCUUGUCGUCGUCUCUGCCGCUGUGUUCGAGUGUGUUGGACCUGACGUCGUUUCGGCCCUACGUCAAUCGUGGUUGUGGUUUGCUUUGCCUCUUUACCAAGGUUGAUCUUGAUGCGAAGGCCAAGUACGUGAUCCACGGCACCAUGCCCCUACAUGGCGAGGCAUUUGACGUUUUCCAUGGUAGAAUCCCCGGCUUUCAAGCUGGAGCGGGAAUCAACACCGAUAACUCGAACAGGUUGAUGGCAGGACUCAUGACGGUUUGGGGACGCAGGGUCAUGGUGGACUAGUAGUAUUGAGAUAGAAUGUAAUUUAACUGAGAAGAGCUUUUG